UACUUAUUUUUGUAAUGCAUCUUAAUUUCUUCCUACUUGGCAGCACAUUUGUUUGCCCCACAGAGAUCAUCGCCUUCAGUGACAAGGCCAAUGAGUUUCAUGAUAUAAACUGUGAAGUAGUUGGUGUGUCUGUGGACUCUCACUUUACCCACCUGGCCUGGACCAACACCCCGAGAAAGAGUGGAGGAUUAGGGAAAAUCCACAUUCCCCUGUUGGCUGACCUCACAAAGCAAGUGUCCAGGGACUAUGGGGUCCUGCUGGAGGGUCCUGGAAUUGCACUAAGGGGUCUUUUCAUUAUUGAUCCUAAUGGAGUGAUUCGACACAUGAGUGUAAACGACUUGCCAGUUGGACGCAUUAAGCCAACUCCAGCUGGCUCGAAGGAAUACUUUGAGAAGGUCAACUGA